GCGAAUCAGUGGGGUGGAGAUGCCAUUGCUAACAUGGAGUCAGUGGCUUUGGUGGCGCCGGUGACGGCGCUGGAGUUCGCGGGGGAUGUGUUGCUGGCGGGCACGGGCCCGGAGGUGGUGGCGUUCCGACUCAGCGGAGGCGGGAUAGCGGCGCGACGGAACGUGCUGCGUGAGGCCAGCGUGCUGGGGCUGAGGCCGGACCGCGACCCCGGGGCGGCGGCGGGGCGGGUGGCGGUGUUCGGUGGGCGCUGGCUGGCGGUGCUGGGUGUGCGGGCCGGCGGGGCGCGGUUGGCUGUGUGCGGCGGCGGCGAGGUGCGGGCGGUGCGGGAGCGGGUGUGGGAGGUGCGGUGGGUCCCGGGCGGGCUGUUGGUGCUGGCGCUGGGCAGCGGGACCGUGGCGCUGUACGAGUGGCGGGGCGGUGGGCGCUGGCUGCGGUGGGCGAGCUGCGACGGGACCGGGGCGCUGCGCUGCGCCGUGCUGGCGGGCACGGGCUGGAAGCGGCUGGCGCUGGCGGCCGGGACGGCGAUGGGGACAGUGGUGGUGUGGCGGGUGGCAGCGGCCAAGGUCCCGCAGAUGCGGCUGUGUGGGCACUGUGGCACGGUACUGGCGCUCUGCUACUCAGCGCCGCGGGGACUGCUCGCUUCUGCCUCCGAGGACCGCAGUGUGCGGCUCUGGGCUGUGGGUGACCUGAGUGGCGAGCAGGGGGCUUGGGACGGCUCCUGCCUGCUCGUGUGCUACGGGCACGGUGCGCGGGUGGCCGCCGUGGUGCUGCGGGGUCAGUGCCCGGUCAGCGCCGGUGAAGACGGUGCCUGCCUGGAGUGGGACGACGGCGGCUACGUGUGGCGGAACCGGCGCGGUCACCGCGGGGCUCUGCGCGCCCUGGCUCUACGUCCCGCCGGCGGCUGCCUCGCCACGGGCGGCGAUGACGGCGGCGUCCGGCUCUGGCGGCCCCGGCGGGCGGCCGCGGCCUCGGCGACGAAGCUGGGGUGUCCGCUGCGGCCGCGGUCUGUGCUGCUGGCUGGGCCGCGGCGGGUGCUGGUGCUGGGGGAGGCGGGCGGGCUGGUGGCCUACGAGGCGGCGUCGGGGCGCUGGGCUCCAGUGCUGCCCCCCGCUGCCGGCGGGCCCCGUGCGAUGCUGGCGGCCGCCCCGCUGCCCGAUGGGGAGGACACGCUCUGUGCCCUGGCCGGUGGCGAUGGGCGACUCCUGCUCUUCUCCCUGAGCUGCCCCGGGGACACCACCGAGCUGAGACUGUUCGAGGGGGCCGUGCACGGGCUGGGCUGGGCCCCCCACCCUGGGCUGCCGCCCAGUGCCUCCUCCCUGCUGGCCUCCGGGCCCGACGGAGAGAUGCUGUGGCUGAAUGUCACCCACCGGCCCGGGCGGGCACCCCGGGUGCAGGUCAUGGGACGGUACCUGCUGCCACUCUGCAAGCAGCGCUGGCAUACCUGUGCAGCAUUCCUGCAAGGACAGCUCCUGCUCUGUGGGGACCGCCGGGGGUCCCUCCUCCUCUUCCCGUGCAGCAGGUCCUCAGGACAGGCUGCGGAAAGCACCAGCAUUGCCAGUGGCAACACUGACCCGGUUGUCGAGGAUGCCACCAACCGUGUCUGUGAGGAUACCAGCAGUGAGCUGGAGCUGUCUUGCUUGUCACACAAAGAAGCUCUUCCCCUCGAGGCCCCGCUGUCAGUGCUCUUUGGGCUUCAUGGGAAGACUGGGGUUACCUCAGUGACCUGCCAUGGGGGCUACAUUUACAGCACAGGCCGGGACGGGGUGUACCGGCAGCUCCGUGUGCGGGACCAGCAGCUGGAGGUACUGUGGAAGCACAGGCCCUGCAAAGGGCUGCAGUGGAUCGAAGAGCUGCGCUUCACCACAGAUGGGGACCUGCUAGUUCUGGGUUUUCACGCUGACAACUUCGUGGUGUGGAGCAGCCGGAUGGGUGAGAACCUCCACUGCAUCCCCUGCGGUGGGGGGCACCGCUCCUGGAGCUACUGCAGCAGCCCCGAGGCCGAGACUGUUGCUUUCGUCAAGUGUGGGGAUGUGCUGCUGUACCAGUGUGGGGUUGAGCCCCGUGAGCAGCAGGUGCUGCUGCCGUCACUGCACGGGCGGGAGAUUACCUGCGUGCGGCGCCUCGGUGCAGUGGAGGUGCCUGGCCGUGCUGCCAUUAACGUCUUUGUCACGGGCAGUGAGGAUACCACGGCCUGUGUUCUGGUGCUCAGUGAGUGCUCCCAGGCUGCUGUGCCCCUUGCCCGGCUCAGUGACCACGUUUCCAGUGUGAGGGCACUGGUGCUGGCUGGUCCCGUGGGACCUGGUGAGGAAGGCUUUGAUGAUGAGGGUUUGUCCACCCUGCUCUUCUCUGCGGGGGGCCGGGCGCAGAUCGAGUGCUACCGGCUGCUGUGUGCUGCGGACCCAGCCUCCGAAGGUGCUGUUGGCUGCCAGGUCAUCCACGUGGCUUCCCACCGGCUGGACGAGCACUGGGAGCGGAAGAAGAAUAGGCACAAGCUCGUCAAGAUGGACCCAGAGACAAGGUAUAUGUCCCUCUCAGUCAUACCUGGGACCAGCACCAAGCAGAUGCCGACUCCCUGGAAGUUCCUGGCUGCCGCCUGCAGUGAUGGAUCAGUCCGGGUCUUCAGGCUGCUGGAGGCCGCCCGGAAGCUGGUGUUGGUGGCAGAGUCAUUUCAUCACCAGCGCUGCGUGCUGAAGGUGGAGGCGUUCCUGCACACACGGGCAGGAGGGGAGAGGAGGCACCUCCUGUGCAGCGCAGCCACUGACGGCGGCAUCGCCUUCUGGGACAUCACCAGCCCCAUCAUGGAUGCAGUGGAUGCCCUGAACAAAGCAGAGGGAGAAGUGAAGCCCUUGUCUCUGGGAGCCCCACUGCUCACUGUGAUGGCCCAUAGCUGUGGCGUGAACAGCCUGCACAUCUAUGAAACACUGGAGGGACGGUACCUGGUGGCCAGUGGCAGUGAUGAUGGCUCCAUCCACAUCUGCCUGCUGGAGGUCACCCUAGAUGGGGACAACCCCAUGGCGGGGACCUGCCUGCACAUUCUGGAGCUGGUGGCCCAGCCCUUUGCCCAUGCUGCGCAUGUGAUGGGGAUCCGGGUGCUGCGGCCAGACCUGCUGCUCUCUGCCUCGGUGGACCAGCGCCUGAUUCUGUGGCAGCAUGGCCCGAGGGGCCUGGAAGAGCUCAGCACAACCUUCUUCAAUGUGCCUGACCUGGCUGAGCUGGACUGCUGGGAGGGGAUAGAGGCCAGUGGGGAGCAGUGGCUCUAUUGUGUGCUCUGUGGGCAGGGGCUGGAGAUGCUGCGUGGCACAAUGCCCCCAGAGCCCCCUCCAUCAGAGCCUCCCCAGUAGCAGGGCAAGUGUGGCCCAAUCGGUUCCCUGCACUUGUGCUGGGCCCACUACCACGGCCUCUGUGCCACCCUCCAUGCUGAUGUGCCCUUGAGGGCACAGGCAUGCUUGGCUCCUUGGGGACAGCGCAGCCACACCUGCAGUGCUCAAGGCUGGUAAUCUCAGGGGGGAAAGCAGAGUUGACCCCUCCUGGACAAGCUGCAGCUCCCCAGGCAAUAAAGGAGGAGUGGGGUCCACAGCCUAACCUGCCCAGGAGGAAUUCCUUCACCCCAAGAUGGGAGGAACCCAUGUCCAGGCUUUCCAGCCCUAGUCCCGUAGAGGAUUGAGUGCUUGAGGGCAGCAGGAGGGCAAGACUGGGCAAUGGUGCAGCAUGUAGCAGGCUGCAGCUUCUGGUCUUUGGGAUAGGGCCCUGUGGAACAGCCCUGCCCCUGCAUUGCUGGGGACUGUACUGACACAAGUAGGGAUAGGUUCUUUGGAGCCCCACAUGGGACUCUGUUAGAAUCAGGCACACACACAUGCAUUUGUCCAGCAGCAAAUGUAUUGGACCCCAGUGUCGGGGCCUGGGCCAGGGAUCAAUAGGAGCUGCCUGCCAGCAAGAAGCAACCUUCAAUAAACAGCUUGGAAGAAAGCACA